AUGCUACAACCUGAUUCGUUGCCGCCUCCUCCGACCAUCUCACACCCCGGAGUGACGGCCACCGAUAUCACCGCCCGGUUCGCCUCUGCCGUGAAGACCUUGCCGCCUGGCGAGCUGGUAAGAGAUGACCAGUUCACGCUCUUCGACUCGGUCGCUGCUCUGGAGAUCAUGGAUUCCAAGAUGGACAGCGGCGUCUUGAAGGAAGGCGAGUCUCUCGACGAGGAGUAUGACGUCUCGCGCGAUCUGCUGCCGGAGGAAGUCCUUGGUAUCAUCGACCAAUUGCUUUGCCUCGAGAUGGCCUGGCAUCUCGGCUACCCGCUCUCCCAGAACCUCUUCACGAGCGUCUACGUCGAGGCUCUCAUGAACCCUCUUCCGACCCACGUUGAGGAGGCCGACUUCAUGAGAGAUUCUCUGGAUCACGAGAACCAGCCAAAACUUCUCUUCGUGCUGCGCGCCUACUGCCUUGGGCUUCUCAAAGCAUGCUACCAUGUCAAUGAGUUGGUAAAAGAUGAGCUGUAUUAUGAGGAGGAAGACUUUGUCACUAACACGUAUGAUCGCCAUCUGCUCGUCGGGAUACCAGACGAGUCCAUAAACAACGCGCUUCAGAAGGCCCGGAACGACCUUCGAUCCAUCAACCACGUUUCCAAGGACGUGGCUACGGCUCUUGACCUCCGGCUUGAGCUCCGACUGGCAUUUCUGAGGGCGAUUGACCUCUCCACCCUGCGAAAAGCCCACCCGGACUCGUUGAAGAUGCCCUGGAUCGAGAUGAAGGGCUUGCUUGAGCACAUCAAGAGGCAGCACCCGCUGGGGAAACCGGUUCCCGAGGCGUUCAGUACUAAGCUGCAGCGGAGGCUGGCCAGUACGAUGCCACCACGGCCUAUCGUCCAGCCCAGCUUCGAGGAAUGCUACGACCUUUUCAAGCGCUUCUUUCAGGACGGCAUCGACGUCAUGGAUGUCUUGAAGUAUUCCGAGCCACAGAGCCUCUUGACAUUUGUCUCGCUCUUUCAAGCGCGGAAACCCCAGCCCCUGGUUUACAACAGGGUCUUGCUUCAGAAUUUGCUUUUUAGAGAAAUGGUAGUUCUGGGCAACUAUAGCAUCCGACAGAUACUCGACCACGACCUCUCGAUCGUAGUCCUACCUUGCGCUCAGCAGAUAGACCCCGCUAACGAUAACAUCGAGAUGCCGAAUGACCCUCGCCACCGGGUGGCAAUCCAGAUGGAGAUGUUUCGACAGCGAGUGGCCGAGUGCUACUUGGAUGUCUUCAAAAUUUUCUGCCAAAAUAGAUGCAGAGUCCGACGGACGCUAUGCCACAGCAUCCAAGAAUGGGACAUACUCCAGGGAGAUGUCGAGGAGAUCGACCAGGAAAUCCAAGUUAUCCUCGACGAGAAGCCUCUCUCCCGGGACGGAGACGACGUCAAUCUAGACUACCCCCUACCCCUCUCGUCGUGGACAUACCUCUAUAAGCUCCGACAGAUGGAAUGGAUCGUUCAGCUCGGAUUCGAACUCGACAUCUACCAGCCGGACGAACUAGCCGGCAUGUAUUGGUACCUGAACUAUUUGGCUAAGACGCGCGCGCAGCACGGCGACCGCAUCAAGCGGUUUACGAUGCGUAGCUUGGACCAGGCACGCCACGGCGGCGGCGACUCGAGCGCCGCCAAGCGGCGACCGCAGCCAGCGCAAUAUACGACGGCCAAGGAGCGCGAAUACAUGACAUCGUUAGCGUACCUGCGCGUGACGAUGCUUGAUGCGGCGUGCACGUGGGAGUUCGCGGACGGGCUGUGCUGUUUAUACACGGCACUGGCGCGGUUAGGACUCGUGAAGCCACGGCCGCGGCCGUACGGGUCGGACGCGCUCCGAUACGAGCUCCGGAUGAAGCCGUUCCAGAACAUCGCCCUGCCGCAGCUGCCGACGUUGGAGGAGUUCACGCGCGCGGUUGUGCAGCCCAAGACGCCGCUGACGGACCUGCUCCGCUAUGCAGAAAACGCGGUCGGUGGCGCGCGGAAAGGGUACGAGGCCCUGGCUAAGCUGCCAGACACGCAGGCCUUCGCCGUCAACGCCCACGCGCGCUGGGUGGGCAACGUCCGCGACUGCCUGCGCGCGUCCAUCGCGGCCGGGAUAGCGGUGUCGACGCUGCAGCGGGCCGUCGAGAAGGUGAACAGCAGCAGCAACGGCGGCGGCGGCAGCGGCGGCGACGACGACGACGACGUCUUCUGCGACCAGGACGGCGACGCGAAGCCGAAGCUUAAGCUAAGGGUCGAGCUGCCGCCGUCGGGCAAGGGGUACCAUGACUGGUGGAUCGUACCCAAACUCGUCCCGACGGCGUAA